AUGAGUUCUGACGUCAUAGUCGGAUUCAUCGUCGUCAUCACUGCUGCUCUGUGGACCAAUGAAGCGACUCUCAGACCUUCAUAUGAUCCUGGAUUAUAUCCAACUUCUACAUUAUCGUGGAAACAAAAACAUUUGAAGAAGGGAAACUACAUCUCUUUCGUUGGGCCAUCGUGGAAAUACGGCAAGAAAAUAAUUAAGCAUGCUUAUCUUGUAGUUCCGAAGACUGGGUCGUCUUCAUCAUCUUCUUCUUCAUCUUCUUCAUCAUCAUCAUCGUCAUCAUCCCCAUCGUCAUCAUUAUCAUCACAACUGAUCACUCUGAGCGAUAAUACGUGGAUAAUAUCGUUUAAGAAGAAGUUGACGGUCGUCAGCGUUAAAGUGACUGUUGGAUCUUUGCUCGAUCAAACUCCAAUGAACGCUUUCAAAAUUCUCGUCAUUGAUAACCUGGACCAGAUAAACUGGCAGGCCAGCGGCGAGAAGAACUCCGAUCAAUUCUGCAACAAGAACUCGAAUAACUUUGCGCCCUUCGGCUCGAAAACCUUCAAGUGUUUUCCGCAGGCCGUCCGCGGAAAGUUUCUUGUCAUCUCCGGGCCCAAAUCAUUAUUCAAGACAUCCGGCUUGUUCAAAGUUGAGAUAGUGACGGAAGAGCAAGCCGAUCACGUGAUAGCCGAAACCAGCAAGAAUCAUGUCUGGACAGUAGCAGGGCUUUUGACUGUUUCCAGCGACCAAGCGACAUCCGGGACGGCAAUUAGUGGGGAGAAAAGCGAAGACUGCCAGGAGGAAGGGUCUGCCUCAGCUGAUAAUGACAAUGGGGCCGACAAGACGAAGAUAAACAAAUUAAACAACAAUGAUAAUAAUAAUAAUAAUAAUAACAGUUAUGAUUAUGAUAUCGGGAAUGGAAAUGUUGAUAAUGAUCGCGUUAUUCGCACUGGUGGCGGUGAUGAGGCCAGCAAACCCAGAAAAAAACCCAAAGGUUAUUUUUACGCUCACAACAAGAACAAGAACAACAAGAAUAACAAUAACAAUAAUAAAAUCUCAUUUUUUGACGGAGGCAGACCAAAAUACAAAAAUAAUAACAACUACUACUACUACAAUCCCAACAACAACAAUAAUAAUAAUAAUAAAGUUAACCACGACGAAGAAUGCAUUACAUUGGAUGAAAUCAACCACAAUAGAAAACAUCAAGGCAAACCUUAUUUUCCCGCCAAAAAUCAUUUUCCCGCCAGACCUCACUUUCCCACCAAAUUUUAUUUUCCCACCAAGCCUCAAAAGCCCGCCAAAAAGAUUUACGACCAUGACGUCAUAGCUACGUCAAUCGGCGGCGGUAGUGGUGGCGGUAGUUAUGAUAACGAUUACGAUAGCCAUGAUAAUGAUGUUAAUAAUAAUAAUCAUAAUAAUAAUAUUAAUUUCAAUUAUGGUCAUAAUUUCGGUCUUCCUAAUAAACAGGUCUUCAGUGCUGAUGACGAUUACGACGGUAAUGAUAACGAUUACAAUAAGAAACACGGCGGCCAUAAUAAUAAUAAUAAUAAUAAUAAGUUUGUUGGUUCAAGAGCCAAGAAAUUUAUAAACGCAAACAAACUCGGACACAACAACAACAACAACAACAACAACAACAACAAUAACAAUAAUAAUGAUAAUAAUAAUAAUAAUAAUAAUAACAACAACGGAGACUAUUACGAUUCUGGCAAGGAUGAUUACAACAACAAAAUCAGAUACCUGUUAAACAAGCACAACAAUAACUACAAUAACAAUCGCGAUAAAUAUAGCAACAAAAAUAAUAAUAAUAAGUAUAAUAAUAAUAAUAAUAAGUAUGAUUACAUAUGCGAGCACCCUGAGCACAACUUCUUACACCCCGGCCAGGAUGAAAGCCCCAAAAUCACCCCCAAAAAGUUUUACCCCAAAAAAUUAAAAAUUGGAAUAAAUUAUGAUAAUAAUAAUAAUAACAAUAAUAGAAAUAAUAAUAACAAAGGGGUGUUAAUUGACCAUGGUGGGCUGUAUGGCGAUAAUAGAGAUGAUUUCGGGGUGAGCGUUAAAAAGGGUGUAUUAGCUGUUUUAAAAGGUAAAAAGUUCGGCGGUCAUGAUGAUGAUCAUCGUGAUCGUCACCAGGAUGAACAGCUUGGCGGAAAUAUCAAUGUACAAGUCGAACAGGAUAAAAUGAAAGCAAUAACAACAACAAGACUUGGCCGUCGGCAAGAAGAAGAGGAAGAUCAGCAGCAGUACACCGUCGAAGAAAUGACGAAAACCUUCAUCGUAAACAUUCAGGAGGGCAUGGUCAUCGAUGGGGGCUACUUAUUUGACCUUGAGAUGGAGGUCACGAUUGUGAAGGUCAUUGUCGAGUUCGAUGAAAGUUACGUCGGAAUGAUAGAUAAUAGGAAAACGACAAGAGGUUACAACAGUGAGUGCAUAUCCAGCAUUAAGUUGAUCAAUGAGGUUUGGCAGAUUAAGUUCAACCGCCAGCUAACCGUAACCGAAGUCCGCCUAACAAGUGGCCUGAGAUCUAACAGCAUAAAAUCUCUAAGAAAUUUUGACAUAUUCGUGUCAAAGGCGCCAUACUCAUCGAAAUCCCCGCCAUUUUUGUACAAACUCUGUGCUAAAAAUAGACAGGAUUUUCCGCCCGGAAAUACCAGAAGUUUCAAAUGCCUGGACGAAAAUAGCCUAGUCGGGAAUUACCUGAUUAUAAAGGGGUUAAGUGGGAUUUUCCGGAGGUAUGAUAUUGUGAAGGUGGAGGUCUUUGCACUGGAGUCUUAUGAAAAGAUUACAGCUAUUCUUGUAGACGAAAAGGAAUGGUUACUAUAUGGAACAAAAAUUUAUGACGAAACUGAAAGAAACCAUUACGAGCAAGACCUGGAUGUAAUCUUGAGAGGAAAAGAAAAAGAAAAACCGAUCAUGGUGCCGAAAGUUAAAAAACCAUGCAAGCAUAAGCACCGACAUAAAACACCAAAACCAGCAAAACCUGUUGGGAAGAAUAAGAAAGACCUGAGAGAUAUCUGCGAAUUUGUACAUCCGUUCAAGAGACACGUUACAAGAUUGAGACCCACUAGUCACCAAAACUCUCCUACUAUGACGAACGGCGACGGUUUAGGAGACGAUUUCAACGACAAACCUGGCCGCGGGAUCAUGAUUGGAGGUCAGCCAGACUACCGACAUCCAAAGAGACACGGAGACCACUACCACGGCCAAAAUGGAGAUAUAAUAUAUGGUUUAUAA